CUGGUGGGGUUGGGGGGACACGAUAAAGAAAAGGGCAGACGUCGUUUCCGCCUUUUCUCAGCCGCUCUGAACCCGUCGACGCGGAUUGGCCGGGAGCGGCGCGCCAAACGUCACACGUUUGAGAGGCUUUGUGAGGCUUUUGACCGCAGCAUGGACGUGGCUACCGCCGCCGCGGAGGCCGCCGGGGCCACCGUAAAGGACGAGCUGGCCGAGAAGUGCCAGAAGCUUUUCCAGGCUUUCCUCGAGGAGUUUCACACCGGGGAUGGCGAGGUGAAGUACGUCCGCGAGGCCGAGGAGCUGAUCAGGCCGGAGAGAAACACUCUUCUGGUCAGCUUUGUUGACCUGGAGGGCUUCAACCAGGAGCUGGCCACCACCAUUCAGGAGGAGUACUACAGAGUGUAUCCGUACCUCUGCCGGGCAGUGCGGAACUUUGCCCGGGAUCACGGGAACGUCCCCCUCAACAAGGAGUUCUACGUGGCCCUGGAGGAGCUGCCCACCCGACACAAGAUCCGGGAGCUGUCCUCCAUGCGCAUCGGCACCCUGGUGAGGAUCAGCGGUCAGGUGGUGAGGACCCACCCGGUCCACCCCGAGCUGGUGAGUGGCCUCAGGGAGCCCUCUGGGGUGAGCGGCACCUUCCUGUGCAUGGACUGCCAGGCGGUGGUCAAAGACGUCCCCCAGCAGUUCAAGUACUCCCCGCCCACCAUCUGCAGGAACCCCGUCUGCAACAACCGCUCCCGCUUCCACCUGGACACGCACAAGUCCAAGUUCGUGGACUUUCAGAAGGUGCGGAUCCAGGAGACGCAGGCGGAGCUGCCCCGCGGCUCCAUCCCCCGCUCCCUGGAGAUCAUCCUGCGGGCGGAGGCGGUGGAGACGGCUCAGGCCGGAGACCGCUGCGACUUCACGGGGACCCUCAUCGUCGUGCCGGACGUCUCCCAGCUCACCACCCCCGGUAUGGGCCGCGUCCCACCCAGCAGAGGUGUUCGAUCGGAGACCAGCAACCGCGUCCCGGGAGGCCGGCAGGGCUUCGAGUCGGAGGGUCUGAGGGGACUGAAGGCUCUGGGGGUCAGAGAGCUGUCUUACAGGUUGGCCUUUCUGGCCUGCAACGUGGCCCCGACCAACCCCAGGUUUGGCGGCAAAGAGCUGCGGGACGAGGAGCAAACGGCCGAGAGCAUCAAGAGCCAGAUGACGGAGAAGGAGUGGGAGAAGGUGUUCGAAAUGAGCCAGGAUAAGAACUUGUACCACAACCUCUGCACCAGCCUCUUCCCCACCAUCCACGGCAACGACGAGGUGAAGCGCGGCAUCCUGCUGAUGCUGUUCGGAGGCGUUCCCAAGACCACCAUGGAGGGAACCUCCCUGAGGGGCGACGUCAACGUCUGCAUCGUGGGGGACCCCAGCACCGCCAAGAGCCAGUUCCUGAAGCACGUGGAGGAGUUCAGCCCCCGAGCGGUGUACACCAGCGGCAAAGCCAGCAGCGCCGCCGGUCUGACGGCCGCCGUGGUCCGGGACGAGGAGUCGCACGAGUUUGUGAUCGAGGCCGGCGCCCUGAUGCUGGCGGACAACGGGGUGUGCUGCAUCGACGAGUUCGACAAGAUGGACCUGAAGGACCAGGUGGCCAUCCACGAGGCCAUGGAGCAGCAGACCAUCAGCAUCACCAAGGCCGGAGUCAAGGCCACCCUGAACGCCCGCACGUCCAUCCUGGCCGCCGCCAACCCGGUCAACGGGCGCUACGACCGCAGCAAGAGCCUGAAGCAGAACGUCAACCUGAGCGCCCCCAUCAUGAGCCGCUUCGACCUCUUCUUCAUCCUGGUGGACGACUGCAACGAGAUCUCCAGUGAGUCGGAGGAGUUCAUCGUGGAGCAGUACAAGCGCCUCCGCCAGCGCGACGGCGCCGGGGGCGUGUCCAAGUCCGCCUGGAGGAUAACGGUGCGGCAGCUGGAGAGCAUGAUCCGCCUCUCGGAGGCCAUGGCCCGCAUGCACUGCUGUGACGAAGUGCAGCCCAAACACGUGAAGGAAGCCUUCCGCCUCCUCAACAAGUCCAUCAUCAGGGUGGAGACGCCUGACGUCAACCUGGAGCAGGAGGAUGAGCUGGAGGAGGAGGAGCCGCCGCAGGAGGAAGGAGACAAUGUCCCGAAUGGAGUGAACGGAGGGGCGGACGGCAUUAAUGGCCAUGUUAAUGGUGUGAACGGCCACGCCGAGGCCCAGCCCAAACCCUCCCUCCGCCUGUCCUUCUCCGAGUACAAACGCAUCUCCAACCUACUGGUCCUCCACCUGCGCCGAGCCGAGGAAGCUGAGGAAGAGGCCGAGCUACAGAAGACCGCCGUGGUGAACUGGUACCUCAAGGAGAUCGAGUCGGAGAUCGACUCCGAGGAGGAGCUGAUCAACAGGAAGGGUCUGAUAGAGAAGGUCAUCCACAGGCUGGUUCACUACGAUCACAUUCUCAUCGAGCUGUCUCGGGCGGGGCUGAAGGGCUCCGAGGCGGCGGGCCCAGAAGAAGAAGCUGUCCUGGUCGUCAACCCAAACUAUAGCCUGGAGGACUAAACUGUCUUUUACAUAGAAUGUUCAUAAAGGAUUUGGAGAUAAUGUUAGACUUUUUUUCUAGUUGAACUGGGCUGUACAAACACACAAUUUUGCAGGCUAUUAAGAAAAAAAAAAGAUAUUGUAAAUAUGUCUCUCCCAUUUGUCGAAACUGAACUGUCAUUUAAAUGCUCUCCACAACUAUGAGAAACAUGGGCCAACAGCAUAGUUUCUCUUUUUUCUCUUUUUUCAUUGUAAUAUUAUGAAGUAAAGUGUAAACUUGUAAUGUUCUUCUGAGCAAUAAAAAUGUUUCUGCUAA